UCAUGGUGACCUGUUCUGUCAGGUGAUUUUUGGUGGGGAGGGGACAUGAAAAAAAAGUUAAGUAAAAUGUCCUUAUAAAGACAAAAUCUAUUUCUUUCCUGGCUGAUGAUUUGUCAUUCUAGUCACUUCCUGCCUUGUGACCACACACCCGGGCUUGACAAAGCUGUUCUGCAGAUCAGAAAGAAGGGGGUUUCUGGUCACACACCAGUACUACCAAGGACAGUUUUUCUACAAGAUCUGUUACCUAAAGCAGUAAAAGAUGGCCAGGGGAUCGGUGUCCGAUGAGGAAAUGAUGGAGCUCAGAGAAGCUUUUGCCAAAGUUGAUACCGAUGGCAACGGAUAUAUCAGCUGUAAUGAGUUGAAUGAUUUGUUCAAGGCUGCUUGCUUGCCUUUGCCUGGGUACAGAGUAAGAGAAAUUACCGAAAACCUGAUGGCUACAGGUGAUCUGGACCAAGAUGGAAGGCUCAGCUUUGAUGAAUUUAUCAAGAUUUUUCAUGGCCUAAAAAGUGCAGAUGUUGCCAAGACCUUUAGGAAAGCAAUCAAUAAGAAGGAAGGGAUUUGUGCGAUUGGCGGUACUUCAGAGCAGUCCAGUGUUGGCACCCAACACUCCUAUUCAGAGGAAGAAAAAUAUGCCUUUGUCAACUGGAUAAACAAAGCCCUGGAAAAUGAUCCCGAUUGUCGGCAUGUCAUUCCAAUGAAUCCAAACACAAAUGAUCUCUUUAAUGCUGUUGGAGAUGGCAUUGUGCUUUGUAAAAUGAUCAACCUGUCAGUGCCAGACACAAUUGAUGAACGAACAAUCAACAAAAAGAAACUCACCCCUUUCACCAUUCAGGAAAAUUUGAACUUGGCUCUGAACUCUGCCUCAGCCAUCGGGUGCCAUGUGGUUAACAUAGGGGCGGAGGACCUGAAGGAGGGGAAGCCUUAUCUAGUCCUGGGACUCUUGUGGCAAGUCAUCAAGAUUGGGUUGUUUGCCGACAUCGAGCUCAGCAGAAAUGAAGCUCUGAUUGCUCUUUUGAGAGAAGGAGAGAGCCUGGAGGAUUUGAUGAAACUCUCCCCUGAAGAGCUCCUGCUGAGGUGGGCUAAUUACCACCUGGAAAAUGCAGGGUGCAACAAAAUCGGCAACUUCAGUACUGACAUCAAGGACUCCAAAGCUUAUUACCACCUGCUUGAGCAGGUGGCUCCAAAAGGAGAUGAAGAAGGUAUUCCUGCAGUUGUUAUUGACAUGUCAGGACUGAGGGAGAAGGAUGACAUCCAGAGGGCAGAAUGCAUGCUGCAGCAGGCGGAGAGGCUGGGCUGCCGGCAGUUUGUCACAGCCACAGAUGUUGUCCGAGGGAACCCCAAGUUGAACUUGGCUUUCAUUGCCAAUCUCUUUAACCGAUACCCUGCCCUGCACAAACCAGAGAACCAGGACAUCGACUGGGGGGCUCUUGAAGGUGAGACAAGGGAAGAGAGGACAUUUAGGAACUGGAUGAACUCCCUGGGCGUUAACCCUCGAGUCAAUCAUUUGUACAGUGACCUGUCAGAUGCCCUGGUCAUCUUCCAGCUCUAUGAAAAGAUUAAAGUCCCUGUUGACUGGAACAGAGUAAACAAACCACCAUACCCCAAACUGGGGGGCAAUAUGAAGAAGCUUGAGAAUUGUAACUAUGCAGUGGAAUUGGGGAAGAAUCAAGCUAAGUUUUCCCUGGUUGGCAUUGGUGGACAAGAUCUCAAUGAAGGAAACCGCACUCUAACGUUGGCCUUGGUCUGGCAGCUAAUGAGAAGGUACACACUGAAUAUCCUCGAAGAAAUUGGCGGUGGCCAGAAAGUUAAUGAUGACAUUAUUGUCAACUGGGUGAAUGAAACAUUGAAGGAAGCAGGGAAAAGUUCAUCCAUCUCUAGUUUCAAGGACCCGAAGAUUAGCACAAGUCUGCCUGUUCUGGAUCUCAUUGAUGCCAUUCAACCAGGCUCCAUUAACUACGACCUUCUGAAAACAGAAAACCUGGAUGAUGAAGAGAAACUCAACAAUGCAAAGUAUGCCAUCUCUAUGGCCCGAAAAAUCGGAGCAAGAGUGUACGCCCUUCCAGAAGACCUGGUUGAAGUGAACCCCAAAAUGGUCAUGACCGUGUUCGCUUGCCUCAUGGGGAAAGGAAUGAAGAGGGUGUGAGCCCAUGGGGCAGGGUAGGAGGCAGCAUGCUCACUGCUGACCACGCAGCACAGGAUGCCCCCAGGAAGCAUGGGGACAAUUCGAGCCGUUCCAAAGUUCCCCUUGGUGACAUUAUGCAAGAUUCCAAAAAGCCCAUACUUGUACAGCCAAGUAGCUUCUCCUGUAUUUGACAAAAAGUGCUUCAUUCUUUGCAGAAGACCCAAUCGCCUAUGAAUAUUUUUUUAUUCUUGAUGUAUUUGCUUCUUUGAAAAUCUAGGGAAAAAAGAAGUUAUUUUCCAGGCACGCUUCCUGCUUUUGUAGUAGUCAAGGAUAGAAGAAGCUGCAGUGUUAUUAAUUUUCACAUAAUCUUUCAAACCAGUUUAAUGUGGCUGCCUUUUUCUUUGGUCAAAGAGGAGGAGGGAUCAUCAGACCUGCCCUAAUACCUGGUACUAGAGGUUGACAUUUGACCUGUUACAAGACUCUCUUUCUGUCCCCUUUUCCUACUCUCUCUCCCUGUGACUUUGAUCCUCACCCUCUCAGAAAUUUGCCUUCUCUGUGGCUCACCUCUUCGGCCAUCCUUGUCUCUGGGCCACUGGAACAUCUGACGAAUCGUUCAGGCUGUUGAGGUCCCAAGAGUCUCUGGUAGCCCGUAGACGUAAGCCUCAUCAUCAGAGCCUUUCCUUAGAACUGCAGUCCCAAAUGUCAUAAAUUUUUGGUUUCUCAGCUAGUAGGAAUCCCUGUGUUUUUAACCCUAGAAUCUGGACUCAGACCAGAUCUAACAUCUUGAAUACUAUGUCCUCAAGGUAGAUCCUUAACUCUUGGGGGAAGGUUGGAUCCAAGGAGAGUGUAAUGGAGCAUCUGACCACUAGGGGGCACCGUGGAGCUAUAACUAAGCAUCCUUAAGGGUGCUGCCUCUCCACGUAUUUAGCCUGCGUGUUAGAUCUAGUUAUUGUGAUAUGGCUAAAUAUUUGUUGACAUUUGGAAGCAAUCCUGCUUUGCUUUCAUUUUCUCUUAGAUCUUAGCAUAUCUGAUUGCUGUCAGGCCAUAUUAUCAAUGUUUACUUUUUUGGUACUCUAAAAGCUUUUUGCCACCCCUAAGCCCCAGGGAGUAAUAUGUGCCAAUGAAUAGCACCCCCCUCCCAACCAACCACAUACCUAGCCAGAUGUCAAGGGUAGAAAGAAUAUAUGCUGGAUAAGAACUUGCUUUGUGAAGAGCUAAUUUACUGGACGUUUAAAGAAUUCCAAAACAAAACCAGAAGAACAGUAUGACUUUGAAUAGCUUUCAUAGAUUAAGCAACUUCCACAAAAACCAACUGAAGGCAAAAAGCAACAGAACAUUGUGAACCAACACUAGACUCCCUCUAUCAUGCUGAAAGGGUUCAUCAUCAAUGAGGUAUCUUUUUUAAGGGUACUAUGUAAUGGAACUCAGCCAUUUUUCAAAGCAAUUGAAAUGCAUCACCCUGGAUCUGUUCCUUGGCAGUGGGCUCAGGGAGCCAAUAUGUGGCUUCUGCCAGCCCAUAACCGGUAUUUUUGCUGCUUCUGAAUGCAAAGUGGUUGGCUUUGACUUUAGUCUGAACUUAAUGUAGCCUCAGAUGAUUUUUUUUGCCCCGAUCUGCCUUCAGGAAGGAAGUAUGUUACUGCCUUAAUGAAAAAUGAAGAGAAUAUUAUGCUCAAAAGCUUUCCAAAUAAAAUGUUCUGUAUA